CCAAAGCCCCAAAAGUUGGUGGCACCUUGUGUCCCUCGAGACCCUCUCUAGCUCUGUCCUGCCUUCUAGAGCUUGCUUCAGCUGGGGCAGGUGAUCUCUGAACCAGAACAGGGAGAAGAUGGGUGGAGGCUUAGCCUUGGGAAUUUUUGCUUUCCUUGUUGGAGUUUUUUCUGGCUUCUGAAGGUAGAUCAACUUGUCACUUUGCUAACACCCCUGUCCCCCAAAUCUCAGGCCUCUUGGACCUUAAGCUCCCCCAUCAGCAGGAGGGGCAGAGGAAACAAGAGAUCCGUUUAGACUCCCUCCUCGAGUGCGCUUGGUCUCUGCUGGACUUAUCCUCCCCCACCUCCUGGGGACCUGAGCUCUGGCCUGUCCCCAUUGAGAUUCCUCAACUCCACAGACGUUGAGGUUUUCCUAUACCCUGCUCAGGCUAUGCCAGCUGUGGGCCUUGCAGAUCAUUUGAGAAGUCAUUGAUUGAGUAGUCUUAAGAUAGGCUUGAUUUCCAGAAGGCUUGGAGUUUGGUGAGCAAGGCUUUUUUUUUUUUUUUUUUUUUUUUUGAGACUGGGAAUUGAAAACAGGAAGCCUUUUGGACCCACCAGCGUGUGAUUCUGGGGUCUUAGAAGCAUGGAAGUUUGGGGGAUAGUAAGAGAGGCAGGUGCGCCCUGUUUUCUCUGCUCCCCGUCUGGGUGGGCCCCUAGGUUUUUAUGGGGAGAAAGGCUGGCUGUCACAAGGAGUGCCAGCUGACUCCCAGAAACUUCUCUUUCCCCCCUUGGCACACAGUACACUCAACCUGCCCCGAGGGGGUGAGGCUUUCUGGGCAGGGCAGCUCUCUAAAGCCAUGGGCAUAUAGGGCAGCCAUCUUGAAUUGCUGGCCCAGGGAAAGCCAGAGAGCUCCAAGUUUACUCAGGUCUACUUGUUGGGUGCUGCCCUCCUAGGUUGCAGAAAAUACCUUUGAACUGCACUGACACUGUCUCCUGGAGAGUACUCAGCCCCACCCAGGUCCUUAAAUCCUUGUUCUAGUUUAGAGUCUUAUUGCCAUUUCUGCCUGAGAUCACACUACUUCCUGCUUUGGAGGCUCUGCAGUCAUGAUACCUGGGAUGGAACACUGGCUCCAUCCUUUGAUCAUUGUGUGAUCCUAAGCAAAUUAAUUUCUAGGUUCUUAUGAGGAUUACAUGAGUUAAUUAAAAGCAUUUAACACACUACCUGGCACAUCUUAAUAAGCGGGAGAUGUUACUUGGCCGAUAGACUUGCCAAAGAUAGAAAUCCCAGUCUCGCUCUUUAGCCCAGUGGGUCUGGGCUGAGGCCUGGGAAUCAGUGCCACCAGCUGAGUCCUAGGAUUGGGCGAUUUUAGAAAACAUUGAUCUGGAUCAAGGGUUCUGAAACCUGGUUCCUGGGUCGCUUCCAAUCGAGUCAAUCUUCACCUUCCAUGACUGGCAUGAAUCGGCAGCAUCUGGGAGGUAGGAUAGAAAGAGGACAAGCAUUAUCCUGAGCUGGCAGAGCUGUUCUGUCCCCAGAAAAACUGCUGCUCCCGAAAAGUGGCCCCCGUUGGGCUGGAGCUCAGAUAGGUCUUUCCCAGGGAGGGAAGUUCCUAAAACUUUGCUGCUACUAAAGAAAUGAUUUAUGUGAGACAAAUUCUCAAGAAUUUCCGCUAGUUCCCUAAAGCAGAAAAUAAUUUCCCUAAAUUGGGAAGCUGUCUGAUAAAAACAGUCUCUCUGCAAUCCCUGAGUAAUGUGACACUCGCAUUCUCUAAAAACAAAGACUAGAAUGUUUAAAUUCAGUGAAGGGAAACUGCAAAGAUGAGUUCCCUGUCUGUGCUGAAUUUCCUGUGCAUUUUCCUAAACCUAAACUUGAUAGAGGUAACGGUGGCAGGGCUGUCUCCAACCUUUCUUCCAACUUCAGCCCCGCCCAGAGCUUGGAACAAGGGGACUUGUGUUGGCUGGGGGGCUACUUGGACCUGGGGGUGAGGAGCUGGGGGAAAAUAUUUGCCACUCUCUGCUUUUGAGGAACAGUUUGCCCUCUGAGUUCAUCUUUGAUCUUCCUCCUUCUAGCCACCCUUUGUCAAGCUCCUACUGUGUGUUAGACGUGCUCUAGUCUCUAACUCCUUUGACCCCAGGAAACAGGCACAUUUAUUCCCACUCCAGUCUAGGGCUUGAAGGCUAGCAAGUGGCCUGAGAUCAUAUCAGUAGUGACAGAGCUCAAUCCUUGCUAUACGAGUCAGUGGAAGAGCUUUUCUAUAUAGCAGUGCUAGGACCCCACUCCAGGCCAGUUAAAGCAAUCUCCAGAGAUGGGUGGUUUUAAAAGAUCUCCAGGUGAUUCUAAUGUACAGCCAGGCAGGGUUGAGAGGCUGUUAUAGACCAGAGCUGUUCAUACUUUAACAUAUGCCCAAAUCAUUGGGGAUCUAGUGAAAGUGCUGACUGAUUCAGCAGCUCUCGGGACGGGGGAACCCAAGAUUCUGCAUUUUUUUAAAAUUUAUUUUAUUGACUGUGUUGGGUCUUUUUGGCUGUGCAUGGGCUUUCUUUUAGUUGCAGUGAAUGGGGGCUACUCUUCGUUGUGGUGUGCGGGCUCCUCAUUGCCAUGGCUUCUCUUGUUGCAGAGCAUGGGUUCUAGGCGUGUGGGCUUCAGUAGUUGCAGCACAUGGGCUCAAUAGUUGUGGCUCACGGGCUCUAGAGCACAGGCCCAAUAGUUGUGGCGCACGGGCUUAGUUGCUCUGUGGCAUGUGGGAUCUUCCUGGCCCAGGGCUCGAACCCAUGUCCCCUGCAUUGGCAGGCGGAUCCUUAACCACUGCGCCACCUAGGAAGCCCAGAUUGUGCAUUAUUAACGUGCUUGCCAGGUGAUGCUGAUGCUGCAUACUGAUACCCAGCGUGGCUGGUCGCUUGGGCAUCUGCUGUUCAAAAUUCACAGCCACUCACAGGGGACCCUGAAAAAUCUAUGUAAUGACAUGACUCAUUCAUUUAUUAAAUUUUGCUCUAGCAUGUUUACCCUUAAGCCAAAACAGGCCAAGAAUUUCCUCUUAACUAGAGGAUAAAAGCAGCUUCUCUUUCUCACAGGCUGUAUUGUUCUCUGCUCAUUCAACCAUUACCCCUUCCUUCUACAUGUCUGGGGUGUGGCCGGGGAGCCACUGGUCUCUAGAACUUUGGGUGAAAGUUGAUUGGUUCUGACAGGAGCUUCAUGACACAGGGUCAGAGUGAUCAGCCAAGGCUGGACAUGUACCCGGAGAGCAGACUAGGCGGAUCUUGGAAGCAGACACUGAAGGGGGGUCUUGGUGAAUUUAGGGAGUUGGGGCCAAAACCAGGGCUGGGCAGGACCUUCCAAAGGUCGACAUAAUCCUUAGCCAUUGUCUUUUGAGGGCCCUAGUAUACUGGAAGUGAAAUGCUCUAACUGUAUGUGUCAUCUGGUAAACCACGAAAGUCGAAAUCUGAGACAAACAUCCUGCCUGAGUUGUGUGGUUUCCCUGGAUCCCUGAGAGGCCCUGUGAUGAGGCUCACUUCUGGGGAUGGCAAGAUUGAAAAGACAAAGCCUGUUCUUACGUGGACUUACCAGAGUCACCAUGGCAACUGAAGAGUCCAUCAUCCGCAUCCCGCCAUACCACUACAUCCAUGUGCUGGACCAGAACAGCAACGUGUCUCGCGUGGAGGUCGGGCCAAAGACUUACAUCCGGCAGGACAAUGAGAGGGUCCUGUUCACCCCCAAGCGCAUGGUGACGAUCCCCCCACGCCACUACUGCACAGUGGCCAACCCAGUGGCCCGGGACGCCCAUGACGCCGUGCUGUUGGAUGUCACGGGACAAGUACGGCUCCGCCACGCUGACCUAGAGAUCCGGCUGGCCCAGGACCCGUUCCCCCUGUACCCAGGGGAGGUGCUGGAAAAGGACAUCACCCUGCUGCAGGUGGUUCUGCCCAAUACCGCCCUCCAUCUUAAGGCGCUGCUGGAUUUCGAGGAUAAGAAUGGAGACAAGGUGGUGGCAGGAGAUGAGUGGCUAUUUGAAGGACCUGGCACAUAUGUCCCCCGGAAGGAGGUGGAGGUCGUGGAGAUCAUUCAGGCCACCAUCAUCAAGCAGAACCAGGCCCUGCGGCUGAGGGCCCGCAAGGAAUGCUGGGACCGGGAGGGCAAGGAGAGAGUGACAGGAGAAGAAUGGCUGGUCCGCUCCGUGGGCGCGUAUCUCCCGGCAGUGUUUGAGGAGGUUCUGGACGUGGUGGAUGCCGUGAUCCUUACGGAAAAGACAGCCCUGCACCUCCGGGCUCGGCAGAACUUCCGAGACUUGAGGGGGGUGACCCGCCGCACUGGGGAGGAGUGGCUUGUGACGGUGCAGGACACGGAGGCGCACGUGCCCGACGUCUGCGAGGAGGUGAUGGGGGUCGUGUCCAUCACCACCUUGGGCACCCACAACUACUGCGUAAUUCUCGACCCGCUGGGACCCGACGGCAAGAACCAGCUGGGGCAGAAGCGUGUGGUCAAGGGAGAGAAGUCUUUCUUCCUCCAGCCCGGAGAGAAGCUGGAGCGAGGCAUUCAGAAUGUGUACGUGCUGUCGGAACAGCAGGGGCUGCUGCUGAGGGCCCUGCAGCCCCUGGAGGAGGGGGAGGGCGAGGAGAAGGUCUCCCACCAGGCGGGGGACCGCUGGCUCAUCCGUGGACCCCUGGAGUAUGUGCCACCUGCCACGGUGGAGGUGGUGGAAGAGCGUCACGCCAUCCCGCUGGAUGAGAACGAGGGCAUCUACGUGCAGGACGUCAAGACCGGACGGGUGCGUGCGGUGAUCGGGAGCACCUACAUGCUGACCCAGGAUGAAGUCCUGUGGGAAAAGGAGCUGCCUCCGGGGGUGGAGGAGCUGCUGAACAAGGGGCAGGACCCUCUGGCGGACAGGGGUGAGAAGGAGACAUCCAAGACCCCUAGGCCCUCCACUCCCCGGAACAAGACCCGUGUGGUCAGCUACCGCGUGCCCCACAACGCCGCGGUCCAGGUGUACGACUACCGGGAGAAGAGAGCCCGCGUGGUCUUCGGGCCAGAGCUGGUGUCGCUGGGCCCCGAGGAGCAGUUCACAGUGCUGUCCCUCUCAGCCGGGCGGCCCAAGCGUCCCCACGCCCGCCGUGCGCUCUGCCUGCUGCUGGGGCCUGACUUCUUCACAGACGUCAUCACCAUCGAGACCGCAGACCACGCCAGGCUCCAGCUGCAGCUUGCCUACAACUGGCACUUUGAGCUGAGUGACCGGAAGGAUGCCCAAGAGACGGCCAAGCUCUUCUCGGUGCCCGACUUCGUGGGUGAUGCCUGCAAGGCCAUCGCGUCCCGGGUGCGGGGGGCUGUGGCCUCUGUCACCUUUGACGACUUCCAUAAGAACUCAGCCCGCAUCAUUCGCGCUGCUGUCUUUGGCUUUGAGGCCCCAGAAGCCAAGGGGUCCCAGAGCAUGGCCCUGCCCCAGCCCCGGGACCGGGCUGUCUUCCCCCAAAAUGGGCUGGUGGUCAGCAGUGUGGACGUGCAGUCGGUGGAGCCCGUGGACCAGAGGACCCGGGAUGCCCUGCAGCGCAGCGUCCAGCUGGCCAUCGAGAUCACCACCAACUCCCAGGAGGCAGCUGCCAAGCACGAGGCUCAGAGAUUAGAACAAGAAGCCCGAGGCCGGCUUGAGAGGCAGAAGAUCUUAGACCAAUCAGAAGCUGAAAAAGCUCGCAGGGAACUCUUGGAGCUGGAGGCUCUGAGCACCGCGGUGGAAAGCACUGGGACCGCCAAGGCGGAGGCCGAGUCCCGGGCAGAGGCGGCGCGCAUCGAGGGAGAAGGCUCCGUGCUCCAGGCCAAGCUCAAGGCAGAGGCCUUGGCCAUUGAGACGGAGGCUGAGCUCCAGCGAGUAAAGAAAGUGCGAGAGCUCGAGCUGAUCUAUGCCCGGGCCCAGCUGGAGCUGGAGGUGAGCAAGGCCCAGCAGCUGGCCGAGGUGGAGGUGAAGAAGUUCAAGCAGAUGACUGAGGCCCUGGGUCCCAGCACCAUCAGGGACCUCGCUGUGGCAGGGCCAGAGAUGCAGGUAAAACUGCUCCAGAGCCUGGGCCUAAAAUCAACCCUCAUCACCGAUGGCUCUACUCCCAUCAACCUCUUCAACACAGCCUUGGGUCUGCUGGGGCUCGGGUCUGAGGCCCAGCCCCCAGCCAAGAAGCCAGCCGUGGGGCCCGGUGCCCACGAGGGCUUGCUUCUCCCCUCCACUGCUGGCCCCCUAACUCUUGGAAGCAACCAGGUCAUGUCUUAGCUCCGUCCUGCACUGACAAAUAAAAUGGACACUUCUGGGCAUUU